UUCGUUGAUAACUUGUUUAAUAUGGUAUUUAUACACAAGGACCCAGGCUAAGCAGUAUUAUUCAUUUGAUUUUGAUGUUGAUGUAAAUCAAAUCUCAAAUCUGGUGAUCUAUAUAGUUAUGGCGUUGAAUAAUCUUCUUGCUAGUUUUUUUCUUAUUCUUUGUUCAGUGGUUGCCAUUGAAGCUGCUACUGGUAUUAGUCCCCCGCUUAACCGUAGUAGUUUUCCAGACGGUUUCAUUUUCGGAACAGCUUCAUCGGCUUACCAGUGUGAAGGUGCAGCAAAUGUUGGUGGCAGGGAACCAAGUAUAUGGGAUACUCACACUCAUAAUUAUCCAGAAAAGAUAUUCGGCAGAAGCAAUGGAGACGUAGCCAUAGAUGAAUAUCAUCGUUAUAAGGAAGAUGUUGAGAUUAUGAAGGAUAUUAACAUGGACGCUUAUAGAUUCUCCAUCUCUUGGUCCAGAGUACUUCCAAGAGGAAAGCUUAGUAGAGGUGUGAACAUGGAAGGAAUUAAUUAUUACAACAACCUCAUCAAUGAACUUCUAGACAAAGGAAUUAAACCCUUUGUGACGCUUUUUCAUUGGGAUCUUCCUCAAAUACUUGAAGAAGAAUAUGGUGGCUUUCUAAGUCCUAAUAUAGUGAAUGAUUUUCGAGACUAUGCAGAGCUUUGCUUUAAGGAAUUUGGAGAUAGAGUAAAGCAUUGGAUCACAUUAAACGAGCCAUGGACCGUAAGCAAGUUCGGUUAUGGCGAUGGAUGGGCAGCACCAGGACGAUGUUCAUCCUGGCUUAACAAAAAUUGCAGUGGCGGUGAUUCCGCCACUGAACCUUAUAUAGUGGCUCACAAUCAGUUGCUUGCUCAUGCAACUGCUGUCAAAGUAUACAAAACCAAGUAUCAGGCAUCUCAAAAGGGCUUGAUAGGAAUAACGCUAUCGUGUGACUGGAUGGUGCCUCUCCAUGAUACAGAAUCAGACAUCCGAGCGACACAAAGAGCCAUUGAUUUCAUAUUUGGAUGGUUUAUGGAUCCAUUGACACUAGGAGAUUAUCCAAGUUCCAUGCGAUCAUUGGUAGGAAGCAGAUUACCAAAAUUCUCUAAACAUGAGGUCAAGCUUGUAAAAGGGUCCUUCGAUUUUUUAGGAUUAAACUAUUACACUUCGAAUUAUGCUACUGAUGCGCCCGAAUUAAGUAUGGCCAGACCUAGCUUGCUCACAGAUUCUCAAGUUAUUACUACAAACGAACGUAAUGGAGUACCUAUUGGCCCGAUGACUUCUUCAAUAUGGAAGCCAGUUUAUCCAAAGGGAAUUCAUGACCUGUUGCUCUAUACCAAAACAAAGUACAACAAUCCUUUAAUCUAUAUCACAGAAAAUGGUUUGGACGAGUCCAAUGAUCCAACACUUUCACUUGAAGAAGCCCUUGCAGAUACGCCUAGGAUUGAUUACUAUUAUAGUCACCUUUGUUAUCUUCAAAGUGCAAUCAAGGAUGGCGUGAAUGUAAAAGGAUAUUUUGCAUGGUCAUUGCUCGAUGACUUCGAAUGGACAUUAGGGUACGUGGUGAGGACAGGAAUAAACUUUGUAGAUUAUAAAAAUGGUUUGAAAAGAUAUCCAAAAAUGUCAGCCUUCUGGUUUAAGAAUUUCUUACAAAAGAAGAAAGUUAUGCAUAGUGAAUUGCGCUAAUAAGAUGAACUUCAUUGAU